GGGCCGCCGGCACUGGCAGCGCCGGCACCGCGGCGCGGAGGGUCCGGCGGGUCCCGCGGCGCGCUCGCCCUCGGCUUCCUGCCCUGCGCGCGGCCAGCGGGUGCCCGCGCGCCGGCGCGCGGCUGAUCGCGCGCCGGGGCCCCGCCGGCCUGCGAGUGUCUUACCUUCAGGAGAUGGCCUCUUCUAAGUCUUUGAUGAACCUUCUAACCUUCACUUUUGGAUCAGCAAUAGGAUUUUUCAUCUGCUAUCUUCUGUUUAGCAUUAUACUAGAAGAACAAGUUAAGAUCCAGCCUCAUGUUCUUCACAACGAUCCACAUGGUCAACACUCAGCAGAUAUUGAUAACAAUCAGUUGCAAGGACAAAUGAAUUUCAAUGCGGAUGCUGGACAGCAUAAAGAUGAGGAUAAAAAUAUUGCAGAGGGGCUGUAUCAGAAGGUGAAAAUACUGUGUUGGGUCAUGACUGGACCUCAAAAUCUAGAAAAGAAAGCCAAGCAUGUUAAGGCCACUUGGGCUCAACGCUGUAAUAAAGUACUUUUUAUGAGCUCUGAAGAAAAUAAAGACUUCCCAACUGUGGGCCUAGAAACCAAAGAAGGCAGAGACCAACUGUACUGGAAGACUAUUAAAGCUUUUCAAUAUGUAUAUGACCAUUAUUUUGAUGAUGCUGAUUGGUUUAUGAAAGCAGAUGAUGAUACAUAUGUUAUACUGGACAAUUUGAGAUGGCUUCUUUCAAAAUACAGUCCAGAACAACCAAUAUACUUUGGACGAAGAUUUAAGCCUUAUGUGAAGCAGGGCUACAUGAGUGGAGGAGCAGGGUAUGUUCUGAGCAAAGAAGCUCUGAAGAGAUUUGUUGCUGCAUUUAAAACGAAUAAAUGCUCUCAUAGUUCCUCUAUUGAAGAUCUAGCACUAGGAAAAUGCAUGGAGAUCAUUAAUGUGGAAGCAGGAGAUUCUAGGGAUACAAGUGGUAGAGAAACCUUUCAUCCCUUUGUUCCAGAACAUCACUUAAUCAGAGGAUAUCUACCAAAAACAUUCUGGUACUGGAAUUACAAUUACUAUCCUGCUGUAGAGGGUCCUGGAUGCUGCUCCGAUCUAGCAGUUUCAUUCCAUUAUGUUGAUUCUAUGACUAUGUAUCAUUUGGAAUAUUUGAUUUAUCAUCUUCGUCCGUAUGGGUAUUUGUAUCGGUACAAUCCUGAUUUGUCAAAGAAUCCAGAAGAGCAGAGCAAAAAUGAAGUACUGGAGGAUAAUCAAAAGCUAAAGCAAAAAAUUUCUGAGAGAUAAUUAGACUUUGAAGAAACCAAAAAGAAGCCAGUACAAUGAGUAAGAGUCUCCUCAAACUCGUGCAUGAAGCUUGUGGACUGAAAUUACUCCUGGCAAUUCUUAUUUCAAAAAUCAAGUUGGCAGAAGUUCCUGUCACACUGUGUUCAAUAGAGUCUGGUGCUGGCUCUGACUGUUUGGGAGAGUGUUACCUUGGAGCCCCGCUUACAAAGAUUUGGGGCCCAAAAGCUGUGAAAUAGGAGAUUGUUCUGUAACAUUAAUACCUGGAAGAAUUUGUAUAAAAAACAUAGUGGGUGGGUUCACAGAUAAUCAUACAGUAUAUCUGUUCCUUUUUCUGUUCUCCGCUGUUUCCUCUCUGUUCAGUCAGUUUUAAUACUCGAAAUUGGAUGCUGCCCAGUCAAACACUUCAUGAUGGCUUUCUCUAGUAUUACCAGCAUCUUGAAGAUACUUUGUGUAUCUUGCCCUAAAAGGAAGGGAGAGGCACAAUAGUAAGAGUCUCAAGUCUGCUUUGCCUUAACAACAGACUGGUUAUUAUGAAUAGGCAGAAAUUCAGACACAAGAUUAAUCUGCGUUGUUUCAGAAAUGGUAUUCACUGCUAUGAGUUAGUUUUAAAAAUUUUAAGUCUCUGUUGUACAAAACAAUAUGAAGUUGGAUCACUACUGUUUUAAGGAGAAACCUAGAAAUGGUUACUGUUGUUUAAGUUGCUGAGGUGAUGCAAGCUGCUUACAUAUUUGCCUGUGGCUUUUUUUUUUUUCUCUUAUUAACUCAUCCUGUUGGUUGAAUGGAGAUAAAAAUUAAUCUGAGUAUUUCUUAACAUAAGGUAGAUGCUUUUUGAAAUAGAAGUCUGUCUUCCAUCCCACCUUCUAGGUAAACCGGAAAGAAUAGUAUCUUAGCAAAGUUACAGUGCCAUUGUAACAACCUGGUUUCAGCCACUAUUAUAAUUAGUUUGUUUCUGUUUAAUUUUCACAUCGCUGUACUUAGAGAUUAAAGUUUUCAUAUACGAACAAGUCCUGUUCUAAAACUGCAGGAAAGCCAGUUUAUUUGGCUGAAGUACUUAAUUGCACUUUUCUGGAUAUUUUUUUCUCCACUUAAAAAAUUUCUUCUGUAUCUGCUUCUUGUACCCUUUUUCAGUACAAAGUGGUAAAUGAUCCUUAUUUUGUUCUUUCUGAAGCUGAAGCAUAUAGUAAUUCAGGUAAGCCAGCCUGAAUGUAGGAAUCUUUCAAAGUGCAUUAACUUUCUCCACUACUUCAUAAGUAUCUCUGCCUCUUAACUGGAAACACUUUCUUGGUGUGGGACAAAAUAGGUGUUUUAAUUACUGAAUUUUUUUCAGAGGCCAAACCUAUGUUUUAUAGAGUUAACAUAAAACUUUCUGGUUUUCUCCUUUUCAAAUUGAGUGAAUAGCAGUAGGGGGGGAUGGGAUUAAGCAUGACAUGUAAUGUUUCUUUAUUCCACACUUGAACAAAAGUUUCUUCAUGUUUUUAUUACUUUUCACCUUCAUCAUAUUGAUGAAUUUGGACAUAACCUAAAUACCUCCAGUCAUUGUUUUGGAAAGGGCACAUACUGGUAGCAGACAGCCUUAAUUACUACUGCUGUCCUUCAGGAUGUUCCUGGAAGAAGGUGUUACCAUAAAGUACUGGAAUUUUUUUUUUCAAAGGUAGUUCUAGUACAGAUUGAGGUUCUAUAUGUUGUCCAACAGUAAAGUCAUGACUUCCUUUCUGACCAUUGCUCUGCAACAAUGGUAAUUACUGAAACAGCUCAUGGUGUUGAAAUGCUGCAUACAUCAUCUCUGCCUGAAUGUAGGCUGAAUUCAUAUAGUAUUAAUUAAACAUGUAGUUCUUGCAGGGUUAAAUCUAUUGGUCUUUCAUAAGCAGGACUGCCUCUGAAGUACUGAUAGGGACAUGAGCUUUAUUUUAUGUUCAUAGACUUUAGCAGAAAAUUAUAACUGCAUUGGUUUAAAAAAGGAAGAAGUUUUCAGUUUGCUCUAGUCAGAGGGAUGUUUGUCCACAGGACAGUGGAUGUUACCAUGCUGAGAGGGGCUUCCUUUUGUGAGCUAAAUGUUUAUCCCAUGUGCAGCACAAACCAAUCAUAUUGUGAAAUCCAUAUGGAAUUGGUAACUCCAGUGGCACUGUUCAAACAUGCAGUUAAAAUAUUAAGAAUACUUAAGGAAGGUAUAAAAUGAAAUCAAGAUCCCAACCUAAUCUCUUUGUAAAUUCAGCCCAUGUAGAAGAGCUACUGAACUACUGUACAGUUCCUUUAUUCCUGAUUUCUUUCUCAGUUCAUCUGUGGGGAUUAAAAUAUUUUCUACCGCAACAGGCAGAACUAAUCCUGCAUAUUUUCUGCAGAUUUUUGUCAUAUGUUUGCCCUAUGCUGCCUUAUGAAACAACAUCAUUUUCUCUUCAUAUUCCUUACUAUCCUGACUAUCCCGACUCUGGCUUUGCAGUUUCAUCCUACAUAAGUCUCAAGUGGACAGGAGGAAGCAGGUAGUGGGAUGUUUGAGCUUCACGCAGGUUGUUUGCUGAGGUGACAAGGUAAACCAGCCACUGUUGAGCUCAUGGUGAAGCCUUUUCUCAGCAGCAGUUCUAAUUCUUAUCUGCGGCCCAGCUGGGGCUUGUAAAUUUAGCAGAGCAGGGCAGGAAUAUCCCUUUCCACAAAACAUGCAGGACCUCAGAGAGACUGGAAAAAUAAAGAGACAGGUUCCAUUUCUGAAGGGAAUAAGGCUAAGGACAUACUACCUUAUGGUGAGUGGGUGUCCUGUCUGGAGAAACGAGUAGCCUUUUCUUGAAAUGUCCAUUCUUGCUUUGUUUUAAAGUGUCCUUGUACAUAGGUCUCUGAAUCUAUUUCUUUUGCCUUUUUAACAGCACUACAAAGAAUUUUGUUUCCUUCCAGACAAGGUAGAAAAGUAUCGGGUUUUACAUUCUGUGAUUAUAACAGAGGCCUGUUGUUCGCUGUUGAACUGUAUUGCCAUAACCAUGAGCUGAUACCUCUGGAAUAAUUGGUUUCUAUCUCACUGCCUUCAGAAGCCUCAGUAGACAAGAUUGGAAUGUGAACAGUUAGUAUAAUUUUCAUGUACAAUACUAUGCUACUACUAGUACUUUGUUAUUUCACUCUCAGAUCUUUAUGCUUUGAGAAAGUAUUUAUUGAGUUUGAGCAUUUUUGCGGCCCAAGGAAGGCUGUAUUUCAGGUGGAGAGACUUUCUGAAGCACAGGAACAUGGACUCACUUAGGCCAUGCAGGUUAUUGCUCUCUGGUUUGGUUUGGUUUUGUUUCUAAGAGAGAUUUCUUCAUUUUAUAAAAACUAAAAGCUUCUGUUGGCACUGUAGUGAUUUAAAUGAUCCAUUUAAAAAUUUGGAACUGUUUUCUUGAAAUUACUAGGCAGUGGACGUGGAAAUGUCUCUUAGUGUGACAGAGUAACAUUUUAACCUUGUAUUAAGUGCUUUUCAGUUCACAAAGAUUGAGAAUGCCAAGAAGUUACCUCCUGAUCACUGUUCUUAAUCAGAGGAGAUUAAUCUUGGUUUGCAGAACAAGACCAAUUUUAAUCUUCUUUCACUCCCAAUUCAUUUUUUGCAGUCUGUAUUGGUCUUGUUUAAGAGUUUACACACUGAUGAUGUUAAUACCUGUUCUCAUUUUGUGGAAGCUCUUUUCCCAGUACCUUUUGCCUUUAAGGACACUUUGUUUUGCUUUGGUGGGGGUGUAUAUUAAAAAUUACUUUUUCUUCACAUGUUGCCCUUUGUUCUGUUUUGCUUCCAGAAUUAUAAAUUUCAGUGAGUAGCUGAUAGAGUAGCUCUUACGAACAGUUUGUUAUCUGAGCAGAGUGUUUUGCCUUUGUACGACAGAAAAGUGUGGGUUAUUUCUCUGCUGUACCUGCUACUGAUACUGAUAAUGCACGCACAGAUGAAAAUGGAUUCCUCAAUACAGGACCACUGGGAAAGGCAGUUUUGUCCUUUUUCUGUCAAGAAAUUUUCUGUGGAACUCUAAAAGUGUAAUUUGCUUUGUUCUACCAUACUGUAUUUAAAAUACUCCACAAAUGUUAUUAAUAGUUUAAAAGAAUUGAAUCUUGCUGCUGGACAGUAUACUCCACUUAAAACCUGUGAAUGUUUCACUUUGCAGUUAUGGGUAGCUGUGUUCCUAACGGUAGAUAAAAGUUGGUGACUUGUCUGGAAUGAUCACCAUAAGGAUUUGUUUCUUAAAUAUCUUCUUUGAAGUGCCUUUGACCAAUUUUUAGCAUCAAAAUUAAGUUGAGAAUUGAAUAAAUAAAAUAAGUUAUCUCAUA